AUGAUGGAGAAGAAGUAUACUAUUGAACACAUAGGUAAUGUAUCCGUAAGCCUCCCGACUAUAAUCGUGGACUUGUUUGCCUACGUGGAAAAUCAGCUAUGUGAGGGAACGUUUAGAAUAAAUGGGUCUGUUAGACGCGUAAGACUAUACAGCAGUGAAUUGAGAGACUACCGCACCUGGCUAUAUGAGUCCAAUGUUCACGACGUGUGUGGGGUCAUCAAACGGUUGUUAAAAAGCUACCAUGGUGUGGUCUGCAAGGCAGCAGCUGACGAUAUCUUACAAUUUUAUAAUAAGUACGAAAGGGUUUCGCAAAAUGGUAAAAAGACAAGUCAAGACUUUUCUGAAACUAAAUCAAGCUCAUCAUUCAAGACUGCUCUGACAGAUAUUGAAGACGAAAGUCUAUCAGAGUUUUUACUGCAGGUUGCGAAGUGCCUCGUAGUGGAUAAUCUGUCGUCAAGAAAUGGUCUCUUCUUGUUCUUAUUGAAUAAAAUUAACGCUAUUCUGAAGCGUGAGAAAGACACCAAAAUGUCAAGUAAGAGUUUAGCGAUAAUUUUCCAGCCAUAUCUUAUAGAUGACUUGAAUUUGAUAAAUAUGAGGAUAUUUCAAGACAUCUUGAAUUUGUUAAUAAUUAAUAGUUCGUUAUUGGGUAGCGAGUAUGAGCGAGCAAUAGAAAAUUUCGAAGACAGUUUCAUUAGCCUUUCUGACACUGAAUCUUUGGACUCUUUAAUGUCAGUUGGUGACUCUUCCUUUGAUUCUUCGCUUGGUCAGAUUAGAACAUCAAGUAACACACGUACAAACUCAACACCUGAUACCGCGACUAAAAGGAUCUCUUUAUCUGGAAGGUUCACUAGUCUCUUAGAUAGCUAUAGUGCACCGGUCGGUAAACUGAAAAGAUUUUCUUUUGAGCUUUCCAAGGAUAGCUUACAGAAAUCAAAAGACCCAUGGACCUCUGUGGAAAGGCUUAUACCCGAGGCAGUACCACAUAUACAAUACGUCGAAGAGCCUGGUGCUCACAGAGAAGAUAUUAAUAGCGUUCUUUCUCAAGAUAGCAUGUUUUUAUCGAAAGACAGUUUGCCCAGAAUGAACAGCUACCAGGAAAAACUUGAUAACACUACAACAAGAACUUCAUUUGGUAACUUUAAAGAGGCUGGUAACUCUUUAGAUUCAGUCGCUAUUGAAGAGAAAAAGAAGAAGAACAGAAAGUCAUUCAUGGACUUUUUUAGGCACUCAACUAGCAGUUUACCAAACUCAGAUAAUUCUGAUAAUGACAACAAAUCCGUCGAAGCUUUGCUUGUCAACAAAAGAGAUUCUUUAUUACCAAAGAAGAAGAAGUCUCUCUUGAAGCGAAAUAUAUCCUUGAAACUAAGAAAGAAGUAG